AUGGCGGAGGUGCCGAUAAUCAUCGGUCUGUUCCACGGCUUCGACGGCACCGGACACUGGUUGAAUCACGUGCUGAUCGAUAGAUGGAUCUUGGGGACGUCUAAGAUCGGUGACGCGUACGAUCCGAGCCAGUACUCGUUGCUGAGGAAGUUUUCGGUGAUGUGGGCGUUUCUCACGGUUUUCACGUACGCGUUGUACUUCACGCUGUGUCCGUUGGCGUAUUGGUGGCACUUCGUCCGGAAGGAUAAGGAUGGGAAAAAUAACGCGAGGUGGACCGGACGGGAAGGGAAGGAUCAGGUUAAGAAUGAGAUAGUGCUCUCGACGUGGUCCAUCGCGGUGAUGACGUUCAUGAUUGCUCCGUUUGAACUCAUGGUCGAGGCGGGAUGGACCAAGCUGUAUUGGGACGUGGACAAGUACGGGAAGGCGUACUUCUUCCUCACGCCCUUGUUAUUUUUAGUUUUCAGCGACACGUGCAUUUACUGGAUUCAUCGGGGGUUGCACCACCGUUUGGUGUACGCGCCGGUGCACAAGCUGCAUCACAAGUACAAGGACACGACGCCGUUUAGCGCGUACGCGUUCCAUCCUUUGGACGGGUGGUUGCAGGGUUGCCCGUAUCAUUUGUUUAUUUUCUUGUUCCCGAUGCACCACAUGACGUACUUCAUCUCCCUGGCCAUCGUCGGUCUGUGGACGAUUAACAUCCACGACCGCGUGACGAUGCAACUCCCGCAUGUCAACGGCGCGGCGCACCACACGAUUCAUCACACCAUGUUCAACUACAAUUACGGACAGUACUUUACGUUUUGGGAUAAGAUUGGUGGAUCCUACCGCAAUCCCAUGCUUUACCCGCCUUACGCCGAGAAGUCGCCCGCGUUGACGGCGAGCGCGAAGAAGGACAAGUAG